AUGGUCCGCUUCCACCUCGUUGGACUCAUCGCAGUCGGGCUCGCGAUCCAGUUCCCCUCAGCGCUAGCAAGCUUCGACUCGACUUGUAAAAUCUAUGCCGACAGCUCCGUGCGUGCUGGCGUUCUUCUGGCGGUCCUUCCGAACUCGCUUGUCAUUUGGACUGACUCCACUGACCGCCUUGGCUUUGGCCGCCGAGCAGAACGUCGGACAUCAUUAUAACUGUACACGCCUCGCUCAGGCCGCUCGUCAUCCUCCCGCUUCGAUUCACGAAUACGCCUCAAAGUGCCUUUGUGAAAAUGAAAUUUGGUACAUCAAAUACGAGACCUGCCUCCAGGAAGGUCGGUUGCUUCCCUGAAAUCGACAUGUGGUGUUAGUGGUGUUCAAGGUAGCUUACGCACUGUCUAAUCCGGCGUCCCGCAGUGACAGUGACGGCCCCAAGAUGGAAGAAAAACAUCCAGGACGACAUGGUCAGACGCUGCACUACGUGCGCGAACCUCUUUCCUGACAAACCUUUGAAAUGUGAGUCCGUUUGAUAGCACACAGCCACACGGCUACACACCACGUAGCCUGCCAUUCCGGGCACGCACAUCAUUGUAUCGUCGCUGAUCAAACUCCCGUAACUUGCAAAUUGCGUUAGCCUUCCCGGGAUGUUGACCCGAAAGCAUAUGAGCAAAGAGACAUCCAACUUGGCCGUCGCCUCGAACGCUCGCCCGUCGAUUUGUAA